UCCCAAUUGGUUGCAUGAUCACGUGACGGCCAACAAUCCGUCUCGCUACUGAUUACUUCAGAUGCCAAUCAUUUCACGCAGGGGGCGGUUUUAUCAUUAAGUUUUUUAGGUUCUGCUCUCAGUUUGAAGGCGAUGGCGCUCACCGAGAAGUCGCCAUCCAAGGAAGAUGCUGAUGCUGAGGCCGCGACUGAGUCAGAGACCAAGACUGAGAAGGUGGAAAAACUAGAAGGUCAGAAGGUUCGUGGAGCAGGCUUUUACCUGCAUCAACUCGGCGGUAUCAGCAGCAAGCCCCCCGGUAGACCCCGCAACUCCUACAGCAGGGGCAGCGUCGACUCCAAAACAGUUACUCGAAUGCAAAGCAGUUUUCGUGUAAAGGAACAGAAAGACGAAAUCUGCAUAUAUGAGGCACCUAUCCACAAAAGAUCUGAAUUAUUUGAGGACAUUUCUGAUGAUGAAAUGCUAAGUGAUGAAGGACUUGAUGAAGAUCUGGAUGAAGGUGUUUUGAAGGCCUAUGAUCACACAGGGAAAACCAAGUAUAAACAAGCAUGUGAAACAUAUGGUGUGGUACCAAUCUCUUCCUUCCUGCGGAACAUGAAUCAAACAGAACUCGUUAUGAUGCAUUAUGGGCUGGGACCACAGGGUGCCAAGGCAAUUUCUGUUUCUUUGAUAACCAACACAUCGAUCACUAAGUUAAAUCUGAAGGAUAACUGGCUGGAGGCAGAGGGUGCCAGAGCUAUUGCGGAAAUGCUGAAGGAUAACUGUUAUAUUACAGAUGUUGACUUAUCAGACAAUCAACUGGGAGUUGAAGGGGCUAAAGCUAUUGCCUCCAUGCUCGUAGAAAAUCUAACUCUCUUGCGAGCUACCCUUUCUGGGAACCAUUUUGAUGAUCAUGCAGCGAAGUACCUGGCUGAGGCCAUAAGCAUCUCACAUAAGUUGAAAUACUUGGAUCUAAGUCACAACAAAAUCGGCAAUACAUUAGGUGAAGACCUUGGAAGGGCUAUAGCAGAUAACAGUGGGAUAGUGGAAUUGGACCUAAGCUGGAAUUAUCUACGUGGGAACGCUUGUAUAGCAGUAGCAGAAGGCAUCAGUGAUAAUAUUUAUCUGAAAGUACUGAAUUUGUCCUAUAAUGGAUUUGGGAAUGAGGGUGCAAAAGCCCUUGGCAUCGCUCUUAAAGUUAACAAUGUGCUUGAGCAAUUGAAUAUCAGUAAUAAUCAUAUUUCUCCAGAAGGAGCAGUGUGGUUAUCAAUGGGAUUGAGAAGCAAUAACACACUGAUUGUACUUAAUAUGGCCCGGAAUCCUAUGCAAAGUGCUGGCUGUUACGGGAUAUUGAAAGCUUUAAAAGAAAAUCCAAAAAGUGCCAUAGAAUCUUUGGAUUUCUCUGAUAUCAGAGUUAAUAAGGAUUUUGAGGACUUAUUCAAUGAUGUAAAACAACACGUACCAAAGCUUGUUGUGAAACAUGAGAAAAAUGCAGAUCUAUUCAAAAAACCAAGAUCUAAGGCCGAUCCCCUUACUAAGCUGAAAGAAUUCAUGAAGGUGCACCAUCUACAGUUGGAACAUUUCUUAGACAACUUUGACAUAACUGAGAACAGAUUUAUUAACUUAAAGGAUUUCCGGGCGUCACUGGAGAAUGCUAAAGUCCCUUUAAAUGAUGUUGAACAGCAAAAGCUGAUGAUUCUUUUGGACAAAGAUAAGGAAGGGGAGAUUGAUUUCAGUGAUUUGAAUGAUUUGCUACUAGGCACUAACUUUGCUGCAAGCAAAGUCUUUCAUAACUAGAUGCCCAAAAGAAUGGCUUUGUAACAAGAGAACUCUUAAGAAUUUGCCUGUAUGGACACGAAAGCAAAUACAUGUUUUAUUAUAGCAGUAGUCCUGCAUUAGUCACCUUUCAGUUCUACAGCUGAUAUUUUAAGUAUUUUUAGCAAACUUUUACUUUUCUAAUCAAAAUGGGGAAAAAAGUGCACUUCAAAUUGUGUCAAUAUUUAAAUUUACUGAAAUAUGUACUGAGAUUUUUUACCCUGCGAAAGAAAAUGUUGCAUUUUGUAGCUUCAUACCAACCUCUUACCUAAAGGCAAUAAUUUUUAUCAUUUUAAAACCUUAUGGAUCAGAAGGUACACAUUUGGGGUAUUAUAACUGACCUCGACAUCCCAGGACUGAGGAUCCUACUCCUGACCUUGAACUAUUGGCUCUUGCUGGAAAAUGCACAUGUAUGGCACUUGCAGAAGAAUGAACCAGAUUGAACUUGACUGGAUGCGCUCCAUGGUUGACUAGCUUGGUACCACUCUUUGUCUCAGCGUUGCCCAUGAAGCCUUGGAAAAGGUACGAGAUAGCUCCUGCCACCUGCAGGAUUGUGUCCCAACAAGCACCCACUCAUUUAAAAAGUCAAACAUUAAAUUUUCUGUCCCCUAAUUGAGGUGGGUAAGACUAGAAAUGCAUUUUCUAUCAUUGUUAUGGUGUGCCUGUAAAAUGUCUGUUUCAGCUGAUUUAUUACAGUUAGUACUGUACAGCCUUAAAAAGGCAAUUAUAUGAGCCAAAGACACAACAAUUGAAUUGGAGUCAAGGCACAAUGAUAUCACUCUUGGGGAAAUUAUUUAUCCAAGAGCCUCAUCUGUGUAAUAUCUUCAAUAAUGUGAACAAUUUUACUGUCUUAUUUCAGUGAAUUAAACAAGUUGCUAUUAAGAAACUAA